AUGGAUUCCACUUGGGACUCAGACGCCUGCGACCUGGACGAUGGUCUCGUUAUUCCAGGAGGGAUCGGCGCAUCAGCUCCCCCCGCUGUUUACUCAUUCGAAGAACUCAAAGACUUCCGUGUUCAGACGAAGGACGCAGUGAUUAUUGCGGUCGACUUCGAAUGCGUCGACCACUUGAACCAGCAGUUCGGAAAAGACUUUUACGGCAAAAUGUCGGAAAUCGGCAUCGCCACCUAUGAUCCUCGACAAAGCACCAGUCUCGAUACAGGUAACAUUGCGAAGGAUAUCGCCGCCCAACAUAUCAUUGUUGAGGAGUGGAAGGGCAUCACAGAGAGAACUUGCCCUGCUUUUUUCCACCGCAAGAACACCAAGAAGCCCAAUAAGGCCCCUGCGCCGCACAAAGCGCGGCCUUAUCACUGUAUGUUUGCGAGGUCGACUAUCGGCCUCAGCAAGGAGCAGGGGAUGGAAAGGUUGAAGGAUGCCAUAAGGCAGGCUACGGUCAGCAACCUCACCGCUGACGAGAAGGAAACGGGUGCCGAGCGACAAGUGAGAAUCAUCGUUUGGUGUGCGGAGAGGGAAGAGAAGGUUUUUAGCCAGGCUGGGGUUCACCUGGACGAACUCGGCUCGGACGUCAAAAUGUGGGACUUCCAGAUAUGGAUGCCCUUCCGCCUUCGCUUCCCCCAUUACCGCACAGCAGGCGAGACCGCUUUUGCAUCUUUGGGCGUUGUGGGAGCGCUGGAUUCUGAGGGACAGCCAUCGACCGUCCUUCAUAACGCAACUAAGGACACGGUUGCGGAAGUUCUCGCGUUCCUUCGGUUCAUGGUGAUGACAGAAGCUGAGUGGAGUUCUUGGCUUGACCAGAAGGUUGACUUAACCCCGAUGUCGUUCGACUGGGUCGAUCAGACUGUUUACCAGCACAACAUCGCCCAAAACCCCAUGCCCAAGCCGACGGACAAGGGCCGCGGAAAGCCUCGGGGUGGAAAGAGCUACAUGUACAACACCAGACAGCCCAGAAGGAACACAGCGUCUCAGCCAAGCAACAAGACGACGACCACGGCAGCCGCUACGAAGAUAUCGACGAGCCCAGCGACCAGAGUUCGACUUGUGAUCAAGGAGACACCGAACAGCACAGGAGGACCGUCCACUUUGGAAAAGCCCGACUCGGACAACAUCGCAUCGACCAACGGCUGGGGUAAUAGUUUCGGAAACGGUUCGGGAAGCAAUCCGAGUGAGGGUCAAUUCAGCGGCUGGCCCAAGACUCCUAACAAUGAUGGGUGUGACAGUUCAUCCAGCAGCGGUCCCAAGACUCCAAGCGAGUAUGGCGAUGAGGCAGAGGGUCCAUUCAGCGGCUGGCCCAAGGGUUCAAGCGACUAUGGCGAUGAAAGCCCAUUCAGCGGGUGGCCCAAGGGUUCAAGCGAGUAUGGUGAUGAAAGCCCAUUGAGCGGUUGGCCCAAGGGUACAAGCAAUGGAUCUCACGAUCAUGUUGGCAAUGGUUGGAGGGCACACUCGAGCACUGGCUACGAGAGCUCCAAGACCGAGACCUCCAAAGAGAACACUGAUCGUGACAGGGUUCUCAACCACAAUGACUGGUGGGACGCUUACAACGAGCGGUCUAGAAACGCAGGAGUCUCUUUCAAGGCCAAUGGUUAUAGGGGACGUUCUGCUCCGCGGGGAAGAGGCAACCGCUCAAACUGGCGGUAG